GAGAAGUACGCUUUGCUGUAAUAUAUUGCAAGAGAGGAAAUACGCAUGCGCACUGGCCAUACCUCCUUCUUCAUGUUGGUUUCUGGUUAAAUGUCCAGGUGCGUGAAUUUCUCUUACUCAGCUGAUAAUUCAUUUGUAAUGCUUAUAAUUUAUUUCUCAACUGCCAGCUGCACACGUAUAUAACAACACUAUCCUUUCUGAAAGAUUUCCAACAUCAAAUGACAUUGACAUAACGGAAGAAACAUCCUCAAUAUCUACCGUGUUUUAAAGACUGAAAGAAAAUAUUAUACAAAACAGAUGUAUCAGAUUGUAUUUUACAAAUCUGUGGAAGAAUUCUUGUGAAACAUUUGCUCUGGAAUAAUAUCGUUGGCCAAGUUUCUGGACAUCACUGACUGGAUAAAAUUAUAGAAGUGUUGCUAAACAAAGGUAAAACUGGACGUGUUUGUAAAAACAAAGUAUAAAAGCAAGGAAAAUAUAUAUAUACUGGGAUUUGUGAGAAAAAGCAAUGGAAACGAGUGAGAAAAUUUUAGAAUUGAUUUCCCCUGAACCCAUGGUAAAGGAGACAAAAUCAUAUGACUGUAAUAUCUGUACAAAGUCCUUCCUGCAAAAAAGUAACCUACUUUUGCACAAACGUAUUCAUACAAGCAAAAAACCAUAUCAUUGUGAUAUCUGUGGUAAAUCAUUCUCUCAAAAUAGUGUCUUAACUAAACACAAACGUCUUCAUUCAGGAGAGAAACCAUAUCAUUGUGAUAUCUGUGGUAAAUCAUUCUCUGACAAUAGAAACUUAAUGAAUCACAAACUGAUUCAUACAAGCGAAAAACCAUAUCAUUGUGAUAUCUGUGGUAAAUCAUUCUCUCAAAAUAGUGUCUUAACUAAGCAUAAACGUAUUCAUACAGGAGAGAAACCGUAUCAUUGUGAUAUCUGUGGUAAAUCAUUCUCUCUUAGUUGUAACUUAUCUACACACAAAAGUAUUCAUACAGGGGAGAAGCCACAUCAUUGUGAAGUUUGUGGUAAAUCUUUCUCUCAAAAUAGUGCCUUAACUACACAUAAACGUUCUCAUACAGGAGAGAAACCAUAUCACUGUGAUAUCUGUGGUAAAUCAUUCUCUCAUAAUAGUAACUUAAUGCAUCACAAACGUACUCAUGCAGGAGAGAAACCAUAUCAUUGUGAUAUCUGUGGUAAAUCAAUCUCUCAGAAUCGUAACAGAAAUGCACAUAGACGUAUUCAUACUGGAGAGAAACCACAUCAUUGUGAUAUCUGUGGUGAAUCUUUCUCUCAAAGUAGUAGCUUAACUACACAUAAACAUAUUCAUGCAGGAGAGGAAUCAUAUCAUUGUGAUAUUUGUGAUAAAUCAUUCUUUCGGAGCGUUUCAUUAACUAGACAUAAACGUAUUCAUACAGGAGAAAAAAUGUAUUCGUGUGAGGUUUGUGGUAAAUCAUUCACUGAAAAUAGUAACUUCACAAAACACAAACGUAUUCAUACAGGAGAGAAGCCAUAUCACUGUGAGGUCUGUGGUAAAUCUUUCUCUCGAAAUACUCACUUAACUAGGCACAAACAUGUUCAUACAGGAGAGAAACUUUAUCUGUGUGAGGUGUGUGGUAAAUCAUUCCCUGAAAAUUCUACAUUGAUAAAACACUGUCGCAUUCAUACAGGAGAAAAACCAUAUCCUUGUGAGGUCUGUGGUAAAUCAUUCUCUGAAGAUAGUGACUUAACGACGCACAUACGUAUUCAUACAGGAGAGAAGCCAUACCAUUGUGAUAUCUGUGGUAAAUCGUUCUCUCGAAAUAGUCACUUAACUCGACACGAACGUAUUCAUACAGGAGAGAAACUGUAUUCAUGUGAUGUGUGUGGUAAAUCAUUCCCUGAAAAUGCUACCUUAACGAGACAUUAUCGUAUUCACACAGGAGAGAAACCAUAUCACUGUGAUGUCUGUGGUAAAUCAUUCUCUGAAAAUAGUACCUUGAUUUCGCACAAACGUAUUCAUACAGGAGAAAAUCUAUAUCAUUGUGAUUUCUGUGGUAAAUCAUUCCCUGAAAAUGCUACCUUAACAAGACACUAUCGUAUUCAUACAGGUGAGAAGCCAUUUCCCUGUGAUGUCUGUGGUAAAUCAUUUUCUCAAAAUAGUGCCUUGACAUCGCACAAACGUAUUCAUACAGGUGAAAAGCCAUAUCAUUGUGAUUUCUGUGGUAAAUCGUUCUCUGUAAGUGGUUUGUUAACUAGACACAAACGUAUUCAUUCAGGGGAAGCACCAUAUCAUUUCAGUGUGUAGUAAAUCACUUCACUGCAGUCUGUAGUACCUUGACCUCCUACAAAGUAGAAACCAUAUCAAGUCAUUCUCUGAAAGUAGUCCCUUGACUAGACAGAAAGGUAUUCAUACAGAAGAGACACCAUAUCAUUCCUUGUCAGUAUUGCCUUGAGAUUAAAUUAUUUCAAAAAAUUUUA